UAAAAUUUUAGUUAACAUUGAUUUAUAACAAUAUUAUAUUAUUAAUUACAAAAUUAAUUAAUAUGUUAUUUUAUAAAAAUAUUUAAAUUUUAAAUAAGAUUUUGUUAGAUUCUUUCUCAACAGAUUUUGUUAGAAUUCAAAAAUAAAAUUUAAAUUUAUAGUUGGUUUAUUAUUAAUGUUAAUAAUCAAAUAUGUCAUAUUAAUUAUUUCUUUAGUUGGUCCUACUAUGAUUUGCUAAUGGUAGAUAAAAAUAGAACCCUAAAUUAAUAGAUUAGAAAUACAUGUUAUUGAGGGCCCGAGUGGUAACAUACAUGACAAUUACAGGCUAACCGUAGUGCGGUUUUAAUAGUAAUAAGAACAUAUAAAUAUAUAUAUGUAUAUAUAGAAAAUUUUGUUAUUAUUAACAACAGUGCUUGGGUAAUGCAGUCUGUCACUAUUGAGAAUCUUAAUAAAAACAGAACAUUGCAGGUGUGACCGGUAACUAUUGAAAUAAUAUUAGGAAUGAAUAGGAAUAAAAUUUUGGAAACGAUGAGGAAUGAGGAUUCCUUAUCAAAAUUAACAAAAAACAAAUUUGCAUUAUAAUUCACUACAAAAAAAAAAGAAAUGAAAAAAAUAUUCCUCAUGAAUGGUAACUUUUUUAAUAAACGUUAAAGAAUAUAAUAUUCUUUUUCGUUAACUUGAUUACCAGUCACAUCCUACAUUUAUGCGCAGGUGAGUACAUUUAUCUUCAACUUUUUUUUCUUUUUUUUUUCUUUUUUUAAGAGAUUUAAUAUUUGAAAGCCCAUAUAUUAGCUAGAACGAGAUCCAAACCGUCUUAAGUUAUUAUUAUUUUUUAAAAAAAUAACCAUUUAUAAUGUUAAAUAAUCUAAAAUUAUAACCAUUAGGCCAAUUUGUCGUUGAUCUCAGAUUCCAGCUUGAUAGUCUUUAUUUUCAUCUCGAAGGAAAUUCCAUUCUCAUAAUCAUAUCCUCUUUAUAUUAAAUCCGGAACAUUACAACAUAUUUUUGUAACCAAGUAUUAUCAUGAGAAUGAUUCUUAAAAUUAUUAGAAAAAUAAAUUGGUCCAUAUAAACAUAUACAAUGACUUUUAUUAAACUAACUAUCAAAUUAAUUAGUAUUGUACAAAAUAAUUAUUUUUCUUUCUUUAAAUAAAAGCUACGAAACUACUUAAUAUGAUUAACAUAUAUAUGACAAUUAAUGAUUAUGAAUAAUACAUAUUUGAUAACAAUAUUUCAAACCUCUCUCUUUUUUUAUAUAUUAUUAAAAGAAAUUAAACAAUCACAUUAAGCAUAUAAUAAAAAAAAUUAGUUUUUUUUCUUAUAUGCUAUAUUUUGAAUUUUUUAAAAAAACUAUAAAUUAAUAAAAAUGGUAAAAGUCUUACAUUGAAAUUUUGUGAUCAAUGGUUUUAACUUUUUCUUUGUUCAAGCAAGAUACAAAUGAUGAUCAUAUAUCGUAUGGGUAGGCGUUGAGAUACACGUUCAGGUUCGUAUCGGGUAUUUCAGUAUAAAAGUAUAAAACCCGUUCGGAUAUUUAUACACUUCGAUUCAAGUUCGGAUAUUUUAUGUUCGGAUUUGGAUAUUUUAGGCCGGGUUUGAUAUUUAAAUUUUGAAGAAAAAAUAAAUAAAUGAUUCAUUGUUUAAAUUUUUUUUGUAUUUAAAAUAUAUUUUAACUGGUUUUCUAAUUUUUUAAAAAUUAAACUAUUAAUAGGUUUGAAGAUAAAACUUUAAAAAUAAAAAGACACUAAUUUAGUUGUUGUUUUGAAAUUUUAGAUGUAACUUUUGUUAAUGGAGGAAAAAGAGCUUGAUAUAUAUUUGAAGUGAGUAGCAAAUGAUUUUGUCCAUAAUUGUAUGUAUAUUAUCUAAUUUUGAUCAAGAAGCAUUAUUAAUAUAAAUAUUUUGAGUAAAAUGAGAGAAGUAAACUACAAAUAUAAGGUUAAAUAUUGUAUGUUUGUUUAUCUUCGGAUAUCCAUUCGGAUUCGGAUAUUACCCGUUUGGAUUCAAAUAUUACCCGAACUGGUGAAAUAAGUGAUUUUUUUUUGUUUUUUCAAGAAUUAAAUGAUAUUUAGACCGAGCUGGUGAAUAUAUACUAGACAUAUAUUUAUAUUUCGAGUCUACACUUAUAUAUUCUAUAACAACUUGAUAUAUUAAAUUUAAACACUAAUAUGUUAAAUAUAGUUUGCUCGUGGUGAUUUUUUUUUUAAAUUUUGAUUCUUAGAUAUGUAUCUAUAGUGAAACUAUUUUUUACAAAUGUCCUUUUUUUAAACUGACACUAAUUUAAUUCACCGAAUUCAUAGAAGAAGUUAAAAAAAGAAACUUGACUCAUAUCAAUAAAACAAAGACGAGAAUGAAAGCACAAUUUUAUAGAAAUAGAAAAUAACUCACUUAUGGAGAGUCAAUAGUAAACAAAUCGAGAGCAGAAAACCUAAUCCGCUUUCGUCAUUACACAAUCGAUAUUGCCUAUUUGGUUUUGGUGAUUUGUGUCAACCGCAAAACUUAAUUUUCUUUUAUGCAUAUGAAGUCUUAAAAAUAAUUAAAAUAAAAUGUAAUACGUUAACUCUUCGAUAACAAUAAUAUAUUUAAGAGACCAACAUGUAUAUUCUUCAUUUUAUAAUCGAUAAAAAUUAUAGUAUUAUAAAAUGUUAAAACUAUUUAAGAAACAAACAUUAUUAUAAAAAUUCACUCCGUACGGAUUAUCAUCUAGUUUUUAUUUUUGUAGCAAACAUUAGAAUCCACUUUGCAAUCAAAUGAAGUUUUUAUAUACCAGACUAAACCUGUAAGAAUUCUCUCAAAUCAUCUAUCGCAUCUUGAGGCCAGGAACAAUAUAAGACAUCAAAUUUUAAACGUAUACAGUUGGCUUCCAAUAAUAUAAAAUAAUCUUAUUUUUCGGGAGUAUUUCUUUUAUGAUCUCAAUUCAUAUCUCAUCAGUACACGAAGUGUGAAAGUGAAAAGGCAAGAAUUUACGUUGGGAAUGGCCACCAAAACUUCGAAUAAAGAGAAGAAACAUAACGUAAAAUGCAAUCCACAGAUCUAUGUGCGUGUUUUGUGAUUGUCUCUUGCUAUAUUGCCACUUUUCUUAUAUUCAAGAACCAAAUAAAAUUAGCAAAAUUAGUUGUGUUAACUGUUUCAGACUUGCCAAUAUAUUAUCUGCAAUAUUCACAUAAUUUUGUUCGUAUUCGACUACACAGUCCACUAAUGUAUAAAAAACUGAAUCUUAAUUAGAGGUUGAUCUGGACAUUCAUUUUUAAUUUUUUAUUCCUUACGGUCUUUUUUGAAAGCGCUUUAAUUUUUAAUAUUAAAUAUACAGCCAAAAUAUAUAAAAAGGUACAGCCAAAAUAUAAAGUCACAACCUCAGAGUAAUUCCAUCUUAUUUAUAAGUCAAGUGAAAAUCAGAGUAGCUUGACAUAAAAUAUCGCUCUAUUUUCAAAUUACCAUUAGUUAUACAUUAGCUACAACCCUCGUAGAUCACUUAAAGCAUAGUAUAUGAUAUGCAUAAUCCAUACAUUUUGUAGAAGAAACAUCCACGAAAUUUAUUUUUUUUAUUUUUUGAACACAAAGUGAAUACUGAAUAAAAUUAAGAUUUGGUAGAUUGAAAGACGUCGGUCGAAACAUGAUUUAUUAAAUUACUAGUUAAUGAAACGUAAACAAAAACAUAUGUAACUUAUGUAAGCCAUAGUCUGUAUGAUUCUUAUAAUUGGAAAAUGUGUAUCUUUGUUAGUAUCAAUUUGUGUAUGCUAUAUCUCCCGCAUUUCACCAAAAUUUAAGUACCUAAUUGCUUUAUUCGAUCAGAAUGUAUCACCUUUUUCAUCACAAGUACCAUAUCUUAUUUUAAUCAGAUUAACUGCCGCGUGUGAGCUGUAAUUUAACUAUCGAAAUUUCUGUAAACUAUACAGAAUUCGAAGGUCUCAACUCAAGUCUCAAGUCAUCGACCACUUGAUUUUUUUACCUUUUCGGAAUAUUUACAAUAAUGCAUGUGAUUUCAUUUUUCGUAGGUUCAGUUAGUUACGCACAUUACAUGCUAAAUAAACGUGAAAACAAUCUGUAAACAUUACCAUUGGCGAUAUAAUGGAGAAUAUCAGAAACAGAAAUACUUAGCAGCUUAGACCAAAAACGAAAUAUUAGCAGCUCUUUCUACAACGCAUGAACGUACCAGUUCUCACCUCGUCAUAUUUGGUUCAUGCACUUAAAACACAAUUCAAGCCUAAUCAAACAUAAGUUGUAACUGAUAAAAUCUUUAGGAAUUGAUGUAAUUAAAAUAAAGGGGAUGGUAUAAAUGGAAUACAACAAAAAAAUGAAAUAGAAUUCAUUCCAUUCAUUUAUAACUAAAUUUGUUAUGAAAUGAUUCUCUUUGUAUUUGAUUUAUUUAGUUGUGGAAUUGACCAUUCAUAUCAAAUGGUAAGGACCUUGAGAAAAUCAUAAAAUGAUUUAGUUUAUUGUGUCUGUAUCAAAGCCCAUUGGUGUAUUUCUAAAUCUUGUUGACCGGUUUCCUUGUGUGUGCUUAUAGUCCAUUUGAACAUAACCAAAUACUUAUUUGUUGUGUUAAGAAAAUGAAUCAUGGCCCAUAAUCUACUUUAAUUAGGCAUGUAGGCCCUAUAUAUGAUCUCAUUUAUUUUAGAUUAAAAAUUAGUGACCCCGUGUUAAAUAUAAGACAUUCGAUUCCGACUGAUUGACAAUCAAAUGAUGAAUUAAAGGGCUCAUCAUGUCGUUAAGUAUGCCCUAACGAAAAUUUGAAUUUGUAUUCGUCAAUCCAGAAAGAUAUCGCUCGUGUAAUUCCGAAAGAAGGAUUGAUGUGAAUUUUCCUUAAGUAAUGAUGAAUUAAGCUUUAUGUCCUCCAAACGAAUAAAUUACAAAUUAAUGUAGUCAUUUAUUCUCCACUAAACAUCAUUUUCCCUUUAUUAGGUUCAAACCUUUCCAUUAGUUUAUUAACUUUUUUUUUCUUUCUAUAAUGCAAGUAGCAUCUAGAAACUAAUAAUGAUCAGUGUUCAUAUAUGUUUUUCUCAUACUUCAUCUUUCACGAUAUUCAAAUGCUAUUAUGAAGUUUAUACGUCGUUACUCGUUAGCAUCCAUUUCCAUCUUAAAAUAAAUUUUAUUAACAAUAAAAAUAUUGGGUUCUCUUGUAUUAUACUUGCACACAAGUUGAUUCGUUAUAUCAAAUUAAUAAGAAAAUCCCAUAAACGCAGAAAUUAAGAGAAGUGCUUUCCUUAAUUAUGGAAGUGAUAUAUUACGUUAAGCCUUAAUCUUAGCUUUACAGAGAAUAUUGAGAUAUACACAAUAUUUAAAACGAGAAAGAGCAUUAAAAAGGUAAUUCUUAGCAUCAACCUUUUCUAAACAUAUACCAGAAACAAAUUAACAACUAAACAAUAUCAAUAGACAACAGAUUAAUAAGGCACCCAUCAUUUAUAUUGCAUAGGCCAUUAUUUUCUUCUUGCCACUUAAUCUAAAAAGCGUUAAAAAGAGAGAGAAAAGUUUCUUGAGUGAGUGUUUUAAAAAAAAAUCUUGAGUGAAGAUGGGAACAGCGACGUCGACGAUGGCGGCUAAGUUAGCUUUCUUCCCACCAAAUCCGCCGUCGUACACGGUGGUGACGGACGAAUCGACGGGGAAGAUGAGAAUAUCGGCGGAAAUGAUGCGUCACCGGAGAGACGAGGAAAUAGAAGUGGUGAAGAUAAUGACUAGAAGAGGGAAUGAAAUCGUGGGGAUGUAUAUAAAGCAUCCAACGGCUAAACUAACAGUUUUGUAUUCUCACGGCAACGCCACUGACAUAGGUCAAAUGUUCAUCAUCUACAAUGAACUAAGUCACCAUCUCAAUGUCAAUCUCAUGGGAUACGAUUAUUCAGGAUAUGGGCGAUCUUCGGGCAAGCCAAGCGAGCAAGAGACGUACGCAGACAUAGAAGCAGCUUACAAUUGGCUAAGAGAAACGUACGGUACAAAAGAUGAACGUAUCAUUUUGUACGGACAAUCUGUGGGCAGUGGACCGUCGCUUGAGCUUGCUUCUCGUCUUCCACGUCUUCGAGCACUUGUUCUUCACAGUCCUUUCUUGUCCGGUCUACGUGUCAUGUACCAUGUCAAGCACUCCUUCUGGUUCGACAUUUUCAAGAAUAUUGAGAAAAUUCAACUCGUGGACUGUCCCGUUCUUGUGAUUCAUGGAACAGAUGACAAAGUUGUGGAUAUUUCACAUGGAAAGCAAUUAUGGGAGCUAUCCAAGGAAAAAUAUGAACCUUUAUGGCUUAAAGGAGGAAGCCACUGUAAUCUUGAGAUGUUUCCUGAGUACUUACCUCACUUAAGAAAGUUCAUAGGGGCCAUUGAGAAGCUUCCAGUUCCACAAUUCCGACGCCAUUCAGUAUCUGAUGAUCACAAGAAAGACAAACAACAACUGGAUCCGAAGAAAAGUAGUGGUUGGAUUGGAUCUAGGCAUAGCACGGAAUGUGUUACUUCUAGAGACAAAUCAAGAAAGAUGAGUAUUGGUCAUCGGUCAGGAAAGGCGAGAAACAGCACGGAUAGCUUUGAUCGUGCUAGGAAUAGCUUCGACAGGUUGGGUGAAAUGGUGAGAUCAGUUCGAUUGUGUAAUGUUGAUUGUGUGAAGAAUGCAGUUGCAGAGGCCUGAUGAUUGUUGUUAGACCCAACCAAAUAUUGUUCUUUUUUGUUCGUUGGUUAUAUUCUUUUGAAUGGAGAAAGAUGUUUUGUAAACAUAUAUAUCCUUCUCACUUUUCACUAAAUAAAACAAAAGAACGUUAUCUUUUUAUCUUCUUCCCAAAAAUGAAAAACAUAUGUAUGUGCAUAUUUGAUAUUAGGUAUCCAGUGAAACCAGCUAUAUUUAAACUAUUCGUAUCGUAGAAAAUAUCGGUUGAUGUAGUAGGAGUGGCUCUGAUACGUUAUGUCAAGAAUUAGGAGGCGUUGAUUAGAUUAUUAAAAAAAAUUGAUUACAAACUUAAAUGAAGAUCUAUGUAUAAAAUAUAGCAGAUAAAGCAGCUCCGGCGAUGAUCACGCUUAAUUUUGAAAAAGUAGUUUCAUAAUCAUAUGCUAAUUUGUUAUGAAAAAUAAACAGAGAUUUAAGCAAAAUAAAAAAUAAAAAUAACAGAGAUUAUGUCACCGCCACGUAGGUAUAUAUGACUAAGCUUUGAAGUUAAAAGAGGGUGUGUACCCGUGGGACAAACACACGAUGGACAUAAGUUUUCAAAAUCAAGUCUACGCCACCUGAGAAGAUUUUGUCAAACUCAGAAGACUUUCUUUUGGACUGUUUAUCGGGGGUUCAUAGAUUAGGGUUCUUACCGGAAUAUAAAAAAUGAUCUCUUAACUUUUAACUAAAAAAAUUAAGAACCAGUUUUUAAUAAAGUUUUUAAGAUCCGGUUUUUAACCUUUUUAGUCAAAAAUUAAAAGACGGUUUCUUAUAUUUCGUUAAGAAUUCCAACCUAUGAACCCCCAAUAAACAUGCUCUUAGUCGCUGAAAUGGUGGGAAAUAAAUAAACCCUAAAAGCUUAAUAACUUAACAAUUAACAUCAACCAAGAAAAAAAUGGCUUCUCAUCAAAUGAAGAAGCUAAUUACCAUUUUGAUUAUUUUCCUCUCCUUCACAUUAACAACUCUAGCGGAAAACUCCGAGCUCACAGGCAUUACUCAAUGCAAAUCCAGACCACGAGCAUCGUUUUGUAACAACAACAAAGAAGCGAAGACACUCAAAGUCAUAGCUAUUUUUCCAUCUUAGCUGCGAGUGUGAUUGGUGUUUCUUUACCGUUGGUUACACGUAAAAUCCCAGCGUUAGGACCAGACCUGUUAAUGCAGUGAGGUCAGUGUAAAAUGCAGAAAUAAACAAGACACAAGUUUUUUUCUUUUCGAAUUCACUAGAACAAGAAAGUCUUACACCAAUCAUUUCUAUUACAAGAAUCCUUUAGGAUUAUCCCAAUCCUAAGCUAAAACUCAUCCUAGAGUCUAGAAUUUUGUUUAUCAUAAUCACCCCGAUCACGAGCUAAACUCCUCCUGAGUCUAGGCUUCCAUCUUCAAACACUCGGAAGUACUUUAACAACCACUUCAGCACCUAAUGCAGAGCAGUGACACCAAAGGCUUGAUGACACAAGCACCAAACAAUGAUCUCUCGACUUUUCUUCUUUUAGCAGAGACAACUCUCUUCAUAGAGGCACGUCCUCCAUGUAUAUAUAACCAAAACUUUCUCUCCAAGUUCUUACAAAGACAACUUAAGCAACUUUCUUUUUUCUCUUAAGGAAUAACUCUCUUGCAGAACAUAUUGUUUCUUCUCCAAGCUUAACAGGCCCCCAUCACACAACACAAACUUCAACUAAGUCCAUCUUCAUGACACACACAUGUACUACCUCCUGUAGUAUUUCACGAACUGAUACAGAAUAUGCAUCUUCAAGACCGAGACUAUUUUGUAGUGUUAAGGCAGUGGCCUAGGGAGUUAUACUAGCAGCGGGUUACAUGCACGUAUUACCUGACUCUUAUGCUGAUAUGAACUCCUUUUGCUUGCCUAGAAAACUGUAGAGAAAGUUUAUGUUCACGACGUUUAUCGUUGAUGGUGGACUCUUAUGCCAUGAGUUCGCAGAAGAAGAGAAUGUUGAAAACUCAAGCAAAUGGCAUGGUUGACACCGUAGAGAAUGGAUCACACGUAUUGGAGAAGGAACACGGGAGUGAUGUCGCGGCCAACGCAAAAUCACAGCUUGUUAGAUAUCAAGUCAUUGCUUAGGUAGGCAAAUGAUUUCCAGUUAUUAUAUUUUUAAUUUAAAUUUGCAUGUUUCAAUAUCUUAUGAACCCUGAUUUUGUAAUAAUCAAUUGAUGCUAGGUCUUGGAGCUAGGGAUUGUUGUGCACUCGUUUGUAUGCCAAUCAUCAAUUGAUUGUACGUAGUGUACUUCUCACUGUACAACUUCUUCAUAAUAGGUUGUUAUGUCUUUUGUUGGUUUCGUAGGCGCAAUAUGGCGGAAAAACGAGAUGGGCAAUGGUGUUUUUCUUCUCGGUCACCACACCGUAUCCGGUGGAAAGGACUAUUAUCGGAUGGGACACGCCUAUGUAGCUAAAGGAUACAGCCCAGCGAGUCCAAGGGCAUUGAUCGUGGUCGGGGUCCGUAUAUUUUUCAAAAAAGCUGCCAGUUUAAUAUCGUGGUACGUAUAUUUUUCAAAAAAGCUGUCAGUUUAAUAUUAGUUAGAAAGAUCUCGAAAAAUCAGAGCUCUAUCACGAACUUACAAAAUAACACUUUUUGUUUGUCAAUUAUUUGACCAUGUGCUUUGCUUUUAUGGCGGUUUUUAUUUUAACUUUGCUGCCUAAACCUUUAUAAGACUAUGUACAAUAGUUUCAACGUUUUCUCCGUUUUCAAUAUCUUUAUUUUUCCAUUUUUACAUUCCAGAUCAUAUUUUCUCUCUCUCACCUUAUUUAUUCAACACCUACUUCAUUUUAUAUUUUUACAAUGGUUUUGUUUUAAAAAAUUCAAUACUCUAACCUAGAAUUUUUAAUUCAUAUUUUUGUUUUAAAACAUAACAAUUACAUAUUAAUAAUUAAUUUAAAACUAAAAUAAAAUAAAUUUUAAUAAUAUUUAUUCAAAUUAUUAUACUAAGCUUACUUUUAAAUUGAUAAUUAUUGGGAUUUUGGAAGUUGAACGAAAAAUUAGAAGAGUUUUGAGUGUUAAAAGGAUUAUUAUUAGAAUCCAUUUAACCAAAAAAAAAGUUUAAAACACUAAAAUAAUUGAUUAUAAUGAAAAAUGACAAUUUUUUUCUGUAUCCAAAUGAAAUAAGAGUAGUCUCUAUUUAUAGAUAAAAAAAAUCUUGAAUUAUGAUAUAAAUUUCAUUUUUUUUAAAUACAAAUUUCAUUAUAUAAUAAAUGUGUUUGAAUUAUUGGGUGAGAAUAAAUAUCAAGAAAAAUUUAUCCAGUCAAUAAGAGUAAAAUAUUUAAAUUUUAUAUAUGUUAAGAAAAAGAAAGAAAUCAGGUUAGACCGCACGUGUGAUGCACACACUAAAUGUUUAUGGCCAACCAUAGAGUGACACAUGGCAGUGCGGGCCAAAUUAGUUUUUUCAGUUGUUGAAACUUAUACCACGUAGACAAACACAUUUUGAGUUGGUAAUUUUUAACACCUCCAUUGUGAGUGGUCGAACGAUGCAAAUCAGCAAAAUUGAACCUAAAGAUUUGGUCAAGACCAUACCAAAAUUUUGACAGGUUGCAGAUUCUGUGCUUUUAUUGAGUUAAAGGUAAUAAUAGAUUUGGCUUUUCAAGACCGAUAUGUUGGUAUCAAAGACAUAAAAGUAGUCAACACAUUAAUUAAGUUGCCAUUUUCAUGCUUCCUAAAAGACUAUUUAAAGGUCUCAUCCGCCAGAAAACAAACAUCAUCUGACAGUAAAAACAUAAACACUAUAAACACGAUAUUUCAAAACCAAAGAAAAGAUGGCAUCAAAGACAGCAUUGUUCAUUUUGUUCGCUCUCUUCCUUUCAUGCAUAUUGUUGGUGAGCGUUCCUGGAGUUGAAGCGCAGUUGAUAAUUACAUGCAAGACAGCAGCUGAUUGUAAAUCGAAGCUUUUUUGUUCCAACGGAAGUCCGCAAUGUGUGGUCAGACAAUGCCAAUGUGCGAGCGUCAAACCAGUUAAACUGAUGAGGACAAAUACUCAUGUCCAUCAAGACAAUCUUUGAUUGUGCUUCUCAUCAAUGGUCGAACAAUUUAUAUGCUUGCAUUGAAGGAAAAUGUACUUCUUUGCCUUUAUAACCAAAUUUCUAUUUUAAUUAAUUUAUCGUAAGUUUAAUAAAACACAAAAAAAAUCUCUUAUAUAAUUUUGCUCUCCUGUUUCCAAUAACAAGCAAUCGCAUACGAAUAUAUAAUUUCGUUUCUCACUAAUUCUUUGAAUAAGGUCCAAUUUACCUCUAUCCAAAAUUACAAAUGAAAAAACUACAGCACUAAGAGCUCAAAUGGUAUAUCAAAAGUGAUGCUAUAACAAAAAGUUCGUAAAAGUUAGAGAUAUGAUAUAUCAAAUUUUAAUUAAAUAUAUUGAAAUAUAUGUAUUUAUCCUAUUCAAAAAAAGUUAAACAUGAAAUUCUGAUAGGAAAAAGAUAUGAGUAAUGAAUGAUUUUUAAUAUCUAUAUUAUUAAAAUAGAACUCAUCAUUUCUUUCAUGUGUGAUAUUUUGAAUGGACCAUCCCUAGAAAAUUGUUUAUAUUUUUUUUUGUAUUUUCAUGAUAAAAUCCUAACAACCUAUUUAAUUGUCUUUUUAUUCCAUCAAAAUAUUAUACGAUAUGCCUAAUUCAUUUCUUCGCAUGUACCCGCAGUAGUAUUCAAAUAAUGCCCUUUGAACAUUCAUAUGUAAUCGAAGUUUAUCUUCAAUUAAUAAUUGAGAAAAUCCCAUAUAGAUUAUGAUCUGACUAUCAUUAAAUAAAUAAAACAAAACCUUAAUGAAUUAAUAUAAUAUAGCUAUAUAUAGACUUUCUAAUUUUGAUUUCAUGAGUUUCUUAAAAUAUAAUAUUCCAUCAAUAUAUAAUUAUAUUUGCAUAUAACCAUUUAUAAUCUACUUAAUAAUAAUAAUAAUUAAUUAUUCUAGAGUUUAUACUUGUAUAUGAUCUAAUUAAUAAUAAUAAUAAUAAUAACACUAUUGUAUUUGCAUAAUAAAUGUUAUUAUUAUUAAUUAUAUUAUACAUGUAUCAAUAUUUAUAUUGGUAUUUUGUUAACAAACAUGUAUUGAUAAAUAUAUAAUAUUUUAAAAUACAAUACUAUAGAUUCAACCAUAUACUGUUUUUAUAAUAAAUUGUUUAAUAUAUAUAUACUGUAGUGAUGAUUUUUUCAUGCAUGAUUUUUUAAUUUGGACCAUUCUAUAAAGUUUUAUCAACUUUUACAUGAAUUAAUUAUAAUAUUUUAUCUUUUUAUUUGAAUACAAAUAAAUAUUUUUUAACAUUUUAUAACUAAAAAAAAACCAAAAAGUAAUAGGUAAAAGUAAAUAUCUAAUUUCUCUUAAUAUUUGUGAACAACCUUAAACAUCAUAUAUUUGUAUUAAAAGGGAGUAUAAACUAAAAUAUUUAAAUAUCAAAAUAAAACCUCGCACGGUUGUGCGGAUCAAGAUCUAAUGUGUAAUUAAAUCCGCUUAAUUAAGAUGUCAUGUCAAAUAUACUAUUCACAUGUUUGUAUUCACAGUGUAAUUUGCAUAAACUAGAUUGGUUUUUGAAAUGUCAGUGUGUUAUAUACAUGCUGGUAAGUAAAACAAACAGAAAGUCUAUGAAGUCUCUUAAAAUAUGGCAUCGGAGUUUGAUAUCUCUAGGGAUCUCUCGGCCUGUAAAAUACUUGGGUCUGCCCCUGUUAUCUCGCAAGGCUCCGCGAAUGGUAUCGCUAUUUGAAAAAAAAAAAUGGAAAAUGCAUGCCUCCAAUUCUAGGGGGUGUAUUGGAACAAGAGUUUUGAGUGACUCUGGGGUUUUUGUUAAAAUCCUUUUUUAUUGAACUAAUGAUUUUAAAAAUUAUUUUCAAAUCAAGUGUUAUUCAACAUAGAACUUGAACAAAAUUAUUAAAAUCACUUGUAAUCCUCUGUUAUUUAAUUAAAAGUUUAUAAAAUCUAUAUAAAAUCCACUGUUAUUCAAUCAACACUAAAGAAUAUUUAGGAAAAAACUUUUGUGAUAUGGGAUUCUAGGAGAGUUUACAUACAUUUUUCGUUAAAAGCAGUUCCAAUAGAAUAACAUCACAUGGUAUUUGAAGAGUAUUGAAAAUAAUAAUAAAAAAUAAAACAUUCUACGAAAAAAUAAGAGUAUUUGAAGAGACGUCUUCUUGCUCGGAGCCAAAGAUCCGACUAGACGACUUCUGUCUCCAGAGGAAACCAGUCUUGGAGUUGUAAGUAAAAACUGGCAUUUUUGAAUUCAAAGCACCACUUGGUCGACGAUAUAUAUCUCUGUGAGCACGAAGAAGAAGAUUAAAUUCAGAUCACAACAUAAGUUACAUCAGUGUGAAAAUGCUUGAAGGAGAUUGAAGGAGUUCAUCCUCCUGAUUCUUCCUUUAAUUAAAAGAUCUUUGACCUAAAAUUCUCCACAAGAGAAUUCAUUCAACAAACCCAGAAAAAGCCAAGCUCACAUAUACAACGAAACUGCCGCAGAAUGUGAGACCCUCACGUCUCAUCCCAACUUCAAAAAUAUAUAAAAUAAGUUGAUCACAGUUUUGCAUGAGCGAGGUCAAUAAUACAUAUAUCUGCUCGAUUCAUUCAUCAGCAUUGAUUCAAAAGUCAGAGCUUUGAUGAAUAUACAAACUAAAGAACUAGAAUCUGCACAUUCACAAAAA